AUGAACACAACAGGCAGCAUAGCAUCGGUUGUUAUAGCUAUACAUGACUUCCAAUUAGCCGCUAUCAUCAUAUUUCUGGUCUCGAGUAUAGGAACUAUCUGCAAUCUACUCGUGGCGUUUUUCACUAGUCGUUUGCCUUCACUGAGCAAUCCCUUUGGAAGGCUCAGUGCUAGUCAGUCUACUGGAGAAAUGAUUCUUUGCAUAACAUUCGCUUUAUACUACUCGCCUAUGGUUUACUUCGAUAUCUCAUCGAUGAAGCGCAACGCUCAUCAUGUUGGACUUUUAUUGCUUAUUUCUUACAAUAUAUGCAUAAUUUCACACCUCGUCAUUGCACUUAACAGAAUGUGUGCCAUUUGCUUUCCAUUAUCCUAUGAAAAAGCCUUCAGCCACCGUAAUACGUCCAUUAUGAUCGCCGUAAUCUGGAUUGUCUCAUUCGUCCUCCCUAUCUGUCUUCACGGAAUGGGUGAGAUUUUUCAACAUCGAUAUCGUGAUAAAAAAGAUUAUGAGUAUUCAACUGAAUAA